AUGCCUUCUUCCUCCGUGCAGCGCAGGCAGCAGAUCAGCAGAGCGCCAUGGGAGCUACUCGCGCGUCCCUGCAUCACGCGAGCAUUUGAAGGCAACGCUGCCAAAUCGCUUCAGGAGGCCGCUGCAUUGGACGAGCUUAUUGACGUGAUGCUCUCGGCAAAGUCGCAGCAGGAGGUGGCGGGUCUGGUGGCUCAGAACAUCAUGGCAAUCGACACCAAGUUCUGGAUGCGCGUCGCCACCCGCAACGACAGCGCCACGUCCCAGGCCGACAAGGACCGCCUGCGGGCCCUGGCGGACACCGUGAUGGUGCUGGUGGACACGAUGGUGAAGCAGAGCGAGCAGAAGCUGUCGGACAGCGCGGCCACGCUGCAGGCCAUCCUGGCGGCGGCGGCGGACGAGAAUGGGGAGUGGUACCUGCCACUGGCGCCGCAGCAGGUCAAGGCGAUCCGGGACGCGAUGGACCGCAGCGCCGAGGCGCUCGACGAGGCCCUCCUGUCCAACGCGUUCGCCUACAUCAAAAAGGCCAGCGACGACCGCUUCGACUCGCUGGUGCAGCUGCUGCAGAAGAUCCUGCAGCUCUACGCGGCGCGGUCGCUGCGGGGGCCCGAGAAGGAGGGCGUGGAGGGGUUCUUGAACGACCUGGUAUAUGCGGAGGAGAAGGACUGGGAGCCGCUGCUGCGGGAGCGGGUCGCCAAGGGGGAGGUGGGGGAGGAGGGCUUCAUGGAGGCGCUGCAGCGGAAGAUGGAGGCGACGGUGCUGGGGCUGCAGAGCGGCAGCUACGCGCAGCGGGUGCAGGCGGAGUAUUUGAAGGAGGUCGAGGCGCGCGCCAAGGCGGUGUUCCGGGAAAGCGCCUGA